AUGAUUGCAUGUUAUGCAUGUGGCAGCUUAGAUGAACUUAAGAUUCUCGUAGUCGAAGAGGUUUCUAGUUUGUUAUGGACGAGAAGGACAGAUGUGCCUGAUCAUUUGGUGGGAGUUAAGGGUCGAACGGAUGAGAUUAUGAAGCGGUUAGAUCUAGAAGCUUUUGAUGUACGGUUUAUUGUGAUUUAUGGUAUGGGUGGCAUCGGAAAGACGACACUGGCUGAGGCUGUCUUCAGACAAAUCUCCCCUCAAUUUCAGGGACAUUGCUGCUUUCUUAAAGAUGUUUGGACUCAUGAUAUAAUAAACUUACAAAAGAAAUUGUUGUUCGACAUUCUCCAUUUGAGUUGCACAGGCCUAUCCUUCAUCAAUGAAGGGGCUGAUAUGAUCAAGACAAGAUUUCAUGACAAUAAAGUUCUUAUUAUUCUUGAUGACAUCGACAAUCGAGACCAAAUCAUGAGACUUGCCGGCGAGCCCAACUGGUUUGGUGGGGGCAGUAGAAUCAUCAUAACAACUAGGAAUGUUGAAUUCCUUGUAAAUGAAUGUGAGGAUGACAAUGUCCCAUCCUCUAAUAGUGGACAAUUUUCAUUCUACAAUAUGCUGGAGAUGGAUUCGCAUGAUGCUCUUCAACUUUUUUGUGAGCGUGCCUUGGGAUGUGCCAAGCCUCCGUAUGAUUACAUGGUUAUUGCAAAUAAGCUAAUCAAUACACUCAGAGGACUUCCAUUGGCUCUCGAUGUUGUAGGUUCCACACUCCGCGGAAAAUCCCAAAAGACAUGGGAAAACACCCUAUAUAAGUUGAAUACUAUGAUGAGUGAGGAUGUAAAGAAGAAGUUGAUGAUAAGCUAUGAAGCAUUGGAUGCUAAGCAACAACAAAUUUAUCUUGAUAUCGCAUGUUUCUUCAUUGACAAAAAUAAAACAAUUGCAAUCAAAUAUUGGGACGCAGUCUUUGGGUAUCCCACCGAAAUCGAAGUCAAGAUCCUCACACGUAUGUCUCUAAUAAAAAUCUUGGACAACGAUAUUUUAUGGAUGCACGACCAACUUAGAGAUCUUGGAAGGGAUAUUGUCCACCCGGAAAGCUGCAACACACAUUUAAGGGGUAGCAGAUUGUGGUUACCCAAGGAUGCCUUCCAUAUAGUGCAGAGCAAAAAGGGAACUGAGAACAUAGUAGGGCUCAAUCUUGGCACGCUUGAAUCUGAUGCAACGUACAAAUUUAAACGUAAGGAAUUUGCGAGUUUGGUCAAUCUUAGGUUCCUUCAAUUGGACCAUGGAAACUUCAAAGGAGACUUUAAAGAUCUUUUAUCAGAGUUAAGAUUGCUCUCUUGGAGCAAUUGCCCUUCUGAAUUCCAAGCUACCAACUUUGGGUUGAAGAACUUAGUACUUGUCAUGCUUUUGGGGAAUAACAUUACUGAAGAUUUGGGAAGGAUGGUGUCAAAUCAUGGGGCGGUUCCGGCGUCAGUUGAGGCGGCCAAGGGCGAGGGGACUCCGGUGAGGCCGGAUGGUGGCCGGAGGAGGUCGGGCGGCGGCCGGAGGCGACUGAACGGGACUGAGCAGAGGCGAAACAGAGGCUGGACAGCAGCUCUGGACGUCGACCAAGCCAGGGACGACGCGGCUGAAGGCGGAGACGCGCAGGCGGCGCUUGGCGGCAACUUCAGCUGCGGUUGCUUGCUGCAGCGGCGAUGA